CAUUUUUCUGCAUAGUAAUCAGUAGAACGUUGUUGUGAUUGGUGCUACAGAUCCACUGCACAAAGAGGCAUUAGGGGAGACCCUGGCAGCACAUCUUUCUGGAUUCACCAGGAAGACAGAAUUUCCUAUUCUCUUGUUGCUUUACCCGAUAGUUCCAUUCUAGCAUCAGGAUUCCUGUGUGGAAGGAAGUGAGUGUGAACAGAGAGUAAGAAUCUGAUGACCAAGUCUUGGAAUAAAUGUUUGGAGUUCGCAGCAUCAUGUGAACUUCUUAGCAUGCAGUAUAGGUCUCCAGGUCUAUGAGUCUCACCCAUCUUCCUCUAUACAUGUGAGAUGUUUCAGGACUCAGUGGCAUUUGAGGAUGUGGCUGUGAACUUCACUCUGGAUGAGUGGGUUUUGCUGGAACCAUCCGAGAAGAAUCUCUACAGAGAUGUGAUGCGGGAAACCUUGAGGAACCUGUCCUGUAUAGGGGAAAAAUGGAAAGACCAGAACAUUGAGGAACAGUACCAAAAUCCCAGGAGAAAUCUAAGAAGUCUUAUGGGAGAGAGACUCUUUGUAGGGAAAGGAGAUAGUGAGUUUGGAGCAAACUUCAGCCAGAUUCCAGAUCAUAUGCUGACCAAGAAAACUCCAGGAGUAAAACCAUGUGAAAGCAGUGUGUGUCGAGAAGUCUCUAUUGGUCAUUCAUCCUUUCAUAGGCAUAUCAGAGCUGACACUGAACACAAACCAUAUGCAUAUAAGGAACAUGAAAGAAAGCUGUACAUGCGUAAGCAACAUGAGAAAGUCUUCAGUCAUCGCCACUCUUUUCAAACACAUGAAACGCCUCUCACUGGGGACAAACCGUGUGAAUGUAAGGAAUGUGGAAGAACCUUCAAUUCUCUCACAAGUCUUCGAAGACACAUGGUAAGGCACAAUGGACAUGGACCUUAUAUAUGUAAAUUAUGUGGAAAAGUCUUUGCUUAUCUCAGUUUAUAUCUUAUACAUGCAAGGAUUCACACUGGAGAGAAACCAUAUAAAUGUGAACAAUGUGGUAAAGCUUUCCGUAUCUCCGGUUCUGUUCGAGCACAUGAAAGAACUCACACUGGAGAGAAGCGUUAUCAAUGUAAGGAAUGUGGGAAAGCCUUCAUUCAUUACAGUUCCUUUCACAGACAUAAAAGGAGUCACACAGGAGAGAAACCAUAUGAAUGUAAGGAAUGUGGGAAAGCCUUCAUUUAUUUCAGUUCCUUUCAUAGACAUAAAAGCACUCACACUGGUGAGAAGCCGUAUCAAUGUAUAGAAUGUGGGAAAGCCUUCAAUUUGCCCAGUACCUUUCGUAGACAUAAAAGAACUCACACAGGAGAGAAGCCGUAUAAAUGCAAGGAGUGUGGGAAAGCGUUCAACUGUUCUGGUUCCCUUCAUACUCAUAAAAAAACUCAUGCUGGAGAAAAACCCUAUGAAUGUAAGCAAUGUGGGAAGGCAUUUUCUCAUCUGAAAAGUGCUCAAAGGCACAUAAAGGCACACACUGGAGAUGAACCUUAUAAAUGUAAGAUAUGUGGGAAAGGCACUUAUACUCCGAGUGCACUUCAAAGACAUGAAAGAAUUCACACUGGAGAGAAGCCCUAUGAAUGUAAGCAAUGUGGGAAAGCCUUCAAUUGUCCCAGUUCAUUUCGAUAUCAUGAAAGGAGUCACACUAACACACUCUAUGAGUGUAAGCAUUGUGGUAAAACCUUCCGUUGUCCCAAGUACGUUCGAAAACAUGAAAAGACUCACACUGGAGAGAAAUCUUAAGAAGGUAAGGAAUGUAGGAAAGCCUUUAUUUAUCCCACUUCCUGUCAAAGAUGUGAAAGAACUCAUCCGAUGAAUAUAUGAGAGAAAUCCUAUUAAUGUAAAGAAUUUGGAAAGCAUUCAGUUGUCCCAGAACUUUCAAACACAGGAAAAUAGAGUGGAAACAACCUUGUGAGAUAACUGACUUUUAAGAAGAGAACUGUGAUAGGAGAAUAAAAUCUAGAGUUGGAUGAUUCCAUGAUACAAUUCACCAGUAGCCCAUUUUACAUGAGAUUCAGAAGGCAGACAUGGGAGAAGUGUGAGUUAUGUUUUAGAGGCAGCAUACAGGGAGACAACCAGAUUCACCUAGGCUGUGUGGACACUUGCUUUCAACUCAACUUACUUCCAGCCUUGACUCCUCGGCUUGACAAUCAAGAAUAUCCUCAAAGUCAUCUGACAUUCAUUUUAUCAGAGGUAUAGGCUUUCAAAGAUGUUUCUGUGGUAGAAAGAAAUGGAGAAAAAAUAAGACAAAAAAUAUUUUUAAGAAGAUUAAAAGAAAAAAAACCCAAUAAUCUACCGUUUGCUUGACCUUCAGACAUUGUAAUGUCUUUACUACCAGAGAGUGAAUUCAGACUGUAAUGGGUGGGAAUGUUCUUUCAUGCUCAACUCCCAUGGAAAAUGACCAAGGUGGCAAAGCAAGGAACAAACAGCAUCAUCCCUAGGCCUCAAGGAAAAAGAGGGUGGAGCCAUCACCAGACUCCAGUAAGACCCUGAACUUCAACGGAUGCCAAUUCAGGAGCUGUGGCCUGUAGCAGAGGAAAACAAGACUGCCAAUCCCCCAGGACAGCAGGGUGGCAGCCAGGCGAAUGAAGACCCUCACUUUUCUCUCUUCCUAUAUGUUGGUUUCCUCCUGGUACCAUGAGUUGAACCAACUUAGAGCAAGUGUAUGCAAACCUAAUCUACUUUGGUAGGUAAGGGACCAAAGAAAGAGAAUGGCAAUUCUAGUUUCUCAGAAAGAAAUAUUUAAUAGGGAAUUACAAAGAGAAGGGAUGUCAUGGGUGAUCACGUGACAUGGUGGGUCCCUGCACCCAUCUUCCAGAAAGUAUCCUUUAUAUAGCAAGCUUUUAUGGUACAGACAUGUACAGCUGGUCAUAUCUGCAGGCUUUCUUACCAAAACUUGUGACCACUGGUGAGGUUACGUAAACAUCUUUAUGAGUCAUGAGCUAUGCUACAGAUACUGGUUAAAUAUUUUGCUGUAGAACACUUUGAUAUGCAGGAGUCAAACAUCAGUCAUCAUGGCAGUUUCACUUUAAGAUAUUAAUAUCACUUUGACAUGCAACAGGCUGUUUUCCUACACUCCAUGCCUGGAAACCAGCCCUUCCGAAUCUCACAUGCCUGCCUCUUACUCCACAGUCCCCGGGCCUAGAGGGAGGGUUGUUGAUACUGUAUAGCUACAGGCACAGUGCACUGGCUCCAUUGGAGGCAGAUGGUGCAGUAACACCAAAGGCAAAAACAGGAUAGUAAACAAUAUAUGAAGAUAAUACCUACCCCAAGAAGCACAUUCUGCCACCAAUCACCCUAGGACCUACAUCAGCUAUGAAGCUAAUCAUUCAAACUGGGGAUUUGAUCUGAGAGAUUGGUUAUUUCAGUUUUGUUAUGGUUUGAU